AUGCCUCAGAAUCAGAAACACGGAGUAGAUCAGACGGACAUUGGUGGGUCCACCCCGAAAUCACAGCGCACCAAAAUUGUUAAAUCUUCUGACGAUAAUGAAAAAAAGAGUUCGGGUAAGAAGCUUAAAGAUUUAGAAAUUUGUGUCCCAAUUGUGUAUGGUAACAUUGCGUUUUGGCUUGGCAAGAAAGCUAGCGAGUACCAGUCUCAUAAAUGGACAGUUUAUGUGCGUAGCUCUACAAAUGAGGACCUGGGAGUGGUGAUAAAACGAGCUGUUUUCCAACUACAUUCAAGUUUUAACAAUCCCACGAGGGUUGUUGAAAGUCCUCCUUUUGAAUUAUCGGAGUCUGGAUGGGGUGAAUUUGAAAUCGUCAUUACCCUUUAUUUCCACAGUGACAUUUCCGAAAAGCCAUUGCACUUAUAUCACCAUUUAAAGUUAUACCCUGAGGAGGAGUCUGGUCCCAUGUCCAUGAAGAAGCCUGUUGUUGUGGAAUCCUAUGAUGAAAUUGUGUUUUCAGAGCCUUCAGAGGGUUUCCUUGCACGCGUGCAGAAUCAUCCUACCGUUAUUAUGCCUAGACUUCCCAGUGGCUUUGCUUUGCCUCCUGUGCCAAUGGAGGAUAUUGAAAGUGGGAAGAGGGGUGACACCAAAAAUAAUCCCCUAAACCAGUGGUUCACCAAUUUCUCUGAGGCCGAUGAACUAUUAAAACUAGCAGCCGCACGCCAGCAGGUGCAAGCUCAUAUUGCGAGACUCAGAAGGCAGUUGAGUUUGAUAGACGGGCAGCAACAGUUGAAAUCUGCAUCUGACAUAGUCUUGUUUGGCUAUUGUAGUAGCUUUGGUGAUGGUGAUAUUUUGGGGCAAGUUUGGUUUUUACUUUUUUGGUUUGUUUUAGAGUCUUGUUUGGCUAUUGUAGUAGCUUAUGUUUUAGCAUAUGAAUCACUUAAACUCUCUUUGGAGGCCGACGGGGUGGAGGUGGUGUCGAUGGUGCAGAUCUGA